AGUAACCUUUACUUCCGUUUUUUUUAAAAGUGGAAAACCCCAAGUUAUUUGACAGUGUUAUGUUUACAUGAGAUAUUAUUACAAUUAUUGUUAUUAUUGGAUUUCAAGGCAUCGCAACCAAAUAGGUUACAGAUGGCUUUUAAAACAACUCACGAUAAUUCAGGUAUUGGGGAUACAGAACGACAUGAAGAGGAACCAUCUUCCACAUUUAAUGAAAGACAGGAAGGUGACGGUGAAGAAUACGAAGACAAAGAUGAUGCAGAUUUGCGACAAACAGAACGGUCCUAUUUUGAGUUAAACGAUAGUAUAGAUGAUACGUAUUGUGAGACACAAUACUGGCAUGAAAGGCAAGACAUAGAUUCAGAUAAAAUAAACUCUAAAACUGAGAAUCAGGAAAAAAAUGAUGAAAGCAAUGGCGACACUUACAAUCAAACAAAUAAGCAAAGUUACAAUGAGCUAAAAGACGGCAAUUGUGUCGACACUGUUGAUUGUAAUGAGGAAGAAAUUAGAAAUGAGAUUCCAACUGAACCACCUAUCUUUAGUCGUGAAAAUGAAUGUCAUACACAGUCUGCUGUAGAGGAUAAAAGAAUCGUGGAUACACGAAACAGUGGUUCGCAAAUACCAAACCUAAGCACAUUCGAGGUUCCAUUUUCCAUUAACGAAUGUUCAGAAUUAAUUGAAAAUGAAGCUAUUGAUAGGAAGCCACAUGCUGAAGCAACUGAAUAUCCUUACCGAUGUAAUGAAAGAACAGGAAAGCAUACAGAGUUUGGGAAGACAUAUAUCGUGAAAAAGGGGCCUGACACACUUGAAGUACAAACAGAAAAUACCGAGAAAAGAUAUGAUUCCUCGAAUGAUGAAACAAAUUCAUCCUCUGAUAUUUACCCUGAGGAGCCAAAUCAAAAAGAAGAAGAAAUUGAGAAUGCAACGAAGGAAGGAUUGAAAGAAACCACGUGUAGCUAUUCCUUAUCCUUGGUUUUUAUUAUUGUCUUGUUAGCGUUAGGCAUAACCGCAAUACUUACCUUUGAUAUGCAGGGGCAUCCGCCAAAUAAUCAUCCAUCAAUCAAGUUAAAGGUCUUGUCUGAUUUAUAUAAAGAUGAUCUUUCUCGGUGUCUUAAGGGUCUUUACAACAAUUCAUGGCAAAAUGAUGGUUUCGUGUAUGCAGUUGGAGAUCGUGGUCGUCCAACGUAUGUUCCACCAAUACCACCAGAUGAACCAGACUUGCCACAACCAAAUAUUACCGGGAAUGCAACCAGAGAUGUAACGCAAAAUGGAUUCAACUCUUCAAGGACACCAGCACCAGAGCUUGAUAGAAAUGAAAGCAACACUUACACAUAUAUCGGUGUGCAAGAACUGAGAGUUUGCGGUCUAAAUGAUGAUAAUUCAACAAGACAUAAUGAUUUUAGAAAUGAUGACCCUGACGAUUUUAUCAGCCUAAGAACUUUUCAUAAUUUAAGACGUGAGAGAGAUAGCUCAACAGAGUCCUUGCCAAAUUUAGAAAAUGGCAGCAGUCAGUUUGAGCAAGCUUGUGCCAGCUUUAUCAAUUUGAAAUAUCAGGACGAUCAUCGCGAAGUACCUGGCCUAUCCAAUUUGACAUGUAGUAGAAACAAUGGAGAAAGACAAGUCGAACCAACAUGCUAUUACCUUGAUGGUGGUGAAAGUACAGCAUUGUUGACAAGGAGUUUAAACCUCAAUGUUAUUAAUCAACAACAAAGUGAAGGACAGCAUCUGGAUGACUUUGCAAAUGAUCCGUUUUAUCUGAGAGAGUUUGAAAGCUUUAUUUCAGCUGGUCUAUCAAGCAGAGAUGUUAGAGCUAGAACCUUCCGAGAUCCCCGAUAUCCCCCAUGGCCACACGAAUAUCUAUCCCCUGCCACAAUGGCGGAUGCCGGCUUGUAUUACACAGGAAUUGGAGAUAAAGCUGCAUGCUUUUUCUGUGGAAAUUGUAUGGACAACUGGAAACCAGGCGAUGUCCCAUUUUCGGAACACAAAAGGCUUUUCCCCGACUGCAAUUAUGUUAGGCGGCAUUCGACGAAUACACCCCAGCCACAGAUGUUUCCCCAACGUGAACUAAACAGAAGAAGUGAGUUAGAAAGGGAGAGCUUAUCGGGACAAGAGAGCAUUGGAACAUCAUCUGAUAUGCAAGCACAAAACGUGCUACAACCGUUUCCUAACGACACAGGAGGUUCCUCCGCUCAGCAGCCAAAACUUAAAUGUGACAAUUUACCAGCAGUCAGUAAAAAAAGAAAUGAUUCGAAACUCAUGAAUGACCGGAAUGAUGAUGGAAAAAUGUGUGCUCAGGAUGAAGAUACUCGAGCCGUUUUACCAACAAGGAGCAGUGAUAACAACCGUAUAAGAAGAACAAGACGAUAUAGUGGUUCAGACACGCAAGAUCACAGUAGAAACAAGGCAUACUGUUCUGUUUCCAGACAAGUAAACAGUGCUUCAGAUCCAGCUUUACAUAACAGGGUAACCACGGAUGCAAAUUCAGAAAACGUAAUAGACUCAAAUUCUUUCGGAAGAGCGCACACUGUAUUAAAUCCUCGUGAUACAGGGGGCUCACAACCACAAUUUCACAUGGUUAGCUCGAGAAAUAGACUAUUUGUAGACAGAACAACUCAAAGAAGUUUGGGGUCAACUGCACGCGAAAAUACUUCUAGGAUGCUAUAUACUUAUUGUGAGGAAGUUCAAGACUCAUCAAACUUGCCUGAAGUAUAUCGUACACAUUUGUACCAGCCUGAUCUGUAUGAUGAAAGAAAAUCAGAAUCGCAGCAUCCGAGUAAUACCGUGAGAAACAGGCGAUCUUCCUCAAGGAUAAGGCAGAAUGGCGAGUCCACAUAUGACGGGGCUACCAAUAGACUACCAUUACUAACGCUUUCAAACAAUCCACUGUCCUCACUGUCAACAGGAAACGUUGAAAGGAACAGUCACCAAACAACAAGACAUGCUGAACGCAUUGGUCAAAGGAAUGGAAUUGAAGAAAUACUUGAUUCCAGUCUCGGCAGAAGGUUUCUUAAUGACGGAUACCGGAGGUCAGAUGUAGCUCGGGCUAUAGAGAUCACUCUCAGAGCCAGAACAAUCGAAAGAGAUGUUGGUAAUAUCUACCAAGAAAUUAUGGUAGUACUCAGUGUUUUACGCGCCAGGAGGAGGCGAUGUCGUUGAUGAUAAUGCUGAAUGUUUGAAGUUGUUUAACAAAUACAGGACACCUAUAUAAACUUUUUAUAUGUAAUUGUCCUUCAGUGUUUUGUUGAUUUGCGUUUUUAACUAUAUUAAUUGUACAUACUCAUGUUUGUUAACAGGUUGAUGUAAUAUUAUAUGUAAAUAAUGUAAACUAUUAUACAGUAUAUAGGUUGAUUUAAAGACACUUCUGAUUAGUGUGAAUGCUAUAAGCUCAAAUGAUCCUUUUUGUGCUCAGAUGUGAGUUUUUGUGAAUGCAUUGGAUUCGUCGUUCACAUUUACUGGACAGAAUAUGUAGUGGCAACACCUUGUAAUUUUCUACAAAAAUGAUAUCCACCUUGCAACUGAGUGUCGCUUUGUUUAUUUAAAAAAGGUCUACUUAUGCUAAACUAAAAUACCUAGAGCUUACACACUUGACAUGAAGUAUUUCUUUGUUGACAUGUACAUGAUAAUCACGGGGUCAAUAUGUGUCCGCACUUGAGUCAUCUAGUUAUUAUAGACUUAUAUAGAAAAACACAUUUAAAUCUUCUUCAGGAAACCUCUUCCACGCCAAGAGCCCAUAUAGUUGGGAUGUAGCAUUGCCUAAUUAACAUCUACAAAUAACAUAUAAUUAUGCCCCUAGGAUCAUAAAUCAUGUAAUUAUGCCCUAGGAUCAUAAAUCAUGCCCCUGGAUAAAAAUGGUCCUAUCCCAAGCUCACUUAUAAGAUACCUGGUACUGGAAAACACAUUUAAAUA